ACCAAGAUGGCGGCCUCCAUCGUGAAAGAUCCUUCUGUUAACAAAAUAACAGGAUUGAUUCCUUAAAAGAUUAUAAUACAUCUGGCAAAAUACAAAUCGGCUUUCUACACCCAUGGCCACCGAAAACAAAAUUCAUUUUUGGAGGAAGAACGCAAAGGUUCCCGGAAGUUUGCAGCCCAUCUACGGGGCCCGGUAUCCUCCCGUGGACCCACGGGUGCUUUGCUCGCUUCUUAAAGACACUCCAAAGACAAACACUGUGAACAUGAAAUCAAAGAAGCCAUCCACUUUCCAUGAGUUUGCACGGAGCACCAAUGAUGCCUGGGACAUUGACGAUGUGGAAGGCAAUGAUUUCCUUGCUCCAACGCAUCCCACUUUCAUUCCCACCCAAACACACUCCUCACCUCAAAUGGCCCGUCUCAGUGUCUCCAAUCAGUCGACUGUCAAGGAGCCACCCCCAGUGGACACGGUGGAGCCAGUAUGCACUGACAUCUGCCAAGAUCAUCUGAAGGUAGACAGUGAGCUGGUCAAUGGCAGGGUUGUGAAGUCCAGUAGCGAUGCCCAGCUUAAUAGUAACACAGUAUGUGGCACUCUGCAGAAGCAGCAGUCUCUCCCUGUGAGGCCCAUCAUCCCCUUGGUCGCCCGCAUUUCGGAUCAGAACGCAUCAGGAGCCCCGCCCAUGACCGUGCGAGAGAAGACCCGAUUGGAUAAGUUCAAGCAAUUGCUAGCCAGUCCCAACACGGACCUUGCAGAUGACUUACGGAAACAAAGCUGGUCUGGAAUCCCGCGGGAAGUGCGACCUGUUACUUGGAGGCUUCUGUCAGGCUACCUCCCACCUAAUAUGGAACGUAGGGAACUGGUUCUCCAAAGGAAAAGAGAAGAAUAUUUUGGUUUCAUUGAGCAGUAUUACCACUCCAGAACAGAUGAGCACCACAGAGACACCUACAGACAGAUCCACAUUGACAUCCCCAGGACGAAUCCACUGAUUCCUUUGUUCCAGCAGCCAUUGGUACAGGAGGUCUUUGAGAGGAUUUUGUUCAUCUGGGCCAUCCGGCAUCCGGCCAGCGGCUAUGUGCAAGGCAUCAAUGACCUCGUCACGCCGUUCUUCGUCGUCUUCCUGUCCGAGUUUGUGGAGGAGGAUGUGGAGAACUUUGAAAUGGCUGCUCUGCCUUUAGAGACACAACGCAACAUUGAAGCAGACAGCUUCUGGUGUAUGAGCAAGCUUCUGGAUGGAAUACAGGAUAAUUACACAUUUGCUCAGCCUGGUAUUCAGACCAAAGUGAAGGCCCUGGAGGAGCUUGUCAGCAGGAUUGACGAGGACGUGCACCUGCACUUCAGAAGAUGCGAGGUGGAGUACCUGCAGUUCGCCUUCCGCUGGAUGAACAACCUGCUGAUGAGGGAGCUCCCGUUACGCUGCACCAUCCGCCUGUGGGAUACCUACCAGGCUGAGUCGGAGGGCUUCUCCCAUUUCCACCUGUAUGUCUGCGCAGCCUUCCUCAUCAAGUGGCGCAAAGAGAUUCUCUCUAUGCUGGACUUUCAGGGCCUGCUAAUGCUCCUGCAGAACCUACCCACGAUACACUGGGGCAAUGAGGAAGUGGGGCUACUCCUGGCCGAAGCCUACAGACUCAAAUACAUGUUCGCAGACGCUCCGAGCCACUAUAAAAGAUAAGGACGUCCAGAGCAGAGUUCUUCCAGCCCAGCUGGACUCCUCUGCUCACCGAUGAACUCACCGAUGAGGCGCCAAACCCAGUGUCUCUUCCUCCCUCUCUCUCUCUCUCCCUCCCUCCCUCCCUCCACCCUAUCUCUCUCUACCUCACCCUCUCCACCUCCACCCCUUCAUCCCUCUCUCUUUCCUCCCUCCCUCCCCCUCUCAGUUUCUAGGCAUUCUUUUAAUAUCCUCUUACUUUCCUCUGGCUGGGGGGCAACUUCAGCUGCUUCUCAUCCACUGGGCUGAAAAGGCGAAGGCGAGAUCCUGAACAAAGUUCCUGCACUGCACCGCUGAAAGGCACUUCCAUUCACCUGCACAUCACUUCAGCGGAUAAUGGCCAAGUCAUCCACCUCUGAAGAAUCCUUUCAGAGUGAAAGUGUCAGAGUGAGAGAGAGAAGGAGAAGGAAACCGAUUCCACACUUGGCCGCUUUAUGCAAAAAUACUUGUUGUGUUUUUUAAGAUUAUUAUUUUUUUUAAUUUCUUGCACCGUGUCUCCCUCCACACCUGGAUUCUCUGAGGUGGAGCGUUUGACGUUCUUCAGCAGUGUCUGUAGUUGGGCUCCCUUCGCCAUCUCCCAGAAUGCCCGUCAGGGGAGAUGCAAUGCUAUGUGUCUAUUGGCCUGUUUCUGCGGGAUCCACCAGGCUCGCUUUGGCCUUCAGACUCUGCUGACUCUACAAGAAUUUUAUCAAUCAAGGAUGAUUUUGAAGAAUUCUCCAUUCUGAAACCCCCACGUUUUGCAUAAAAAACCUUGAAUCUGGUGGGUUACUUUUGCGAAUCAAGAACUCUGGUACUGUAACAGUGUAAACUGCUAAAGGCAGACUAUGGUUAAAUAUUAAUAAUACCUUUGUAGCGAAUGAAUCAGUCCACUAUGAGGUCGCAUUAUGCAACUGAAGGGACUGUAAUCACACCAGCUAGUGUGAGAAAUACACUGAGUCAGUUAAUCUAAUUUAACUGUGUGGAUGUAGAAAAUAUUAGCGCAGCACAAAGUCUGCUUCCGGUUUAUGUCCUAAAAACUGGCUGUAGAUGUUGUCUUUUCACUGACCUAGGACCAUCCCCUUUGAUGGUCAAGCCUAACCAUAAUAAUUAUAAGGGAAUAUCUAAAACUGAUUUCAGAUCAGCAUAAAAUAUGAAAUUGUUAGAUUUGCACUAGCUUCCCUGAGCACACAAAGAAAAAAAGGAAUCUCACAUGUAACGAGAUGCAUAUAAUUACUUUUUUUAACCAUUGACCAAAGUUGAAUCAUGUAGUACGUUUAUAAACAUGGGCAUAUAAUAGGUGGUAAUUAAUCCUAUAAUUAAAUACUGUUAUCCUUAGCAUACAUAGGUAUGCUGUGAAUGAAUUGCAUAUCUUAACAUACUACUGCGUGUUCUCCUUUUGUUUUUCGAAAAUAAUUUGAAGUUAUAUUCAUUUCUUAUUGAAUAUUAUGUUUUUCUGAGAGGGCUCUCUUUAUGUCAAGUGACCAAGUAAUUGGUUUUCCAAUCCCAUUGAUAGUUUUAAUAAUUAAUGAAUAAGUGUCUUUCUACUUUUAAUUAUUGAAGUAAAUGGAGUGUAUAUGAAUAGAGAGAACUGUCAGGGUUGGUUAAAAGUAAUGGUGUUAUAUUGGCCUUGCUCCAGGGCAGGGAGGGAGGGCGUUUUGUGGGUGUGGCAAGUGCUAAGAAAACACUGGCAAGUGCUAAGUCUGUUACAAUGCUUUUACUAUAAUGCACUUGCAGUGUUUUUGAAACUGGAAUGUGGUCCUUGGUUUUAAUUGACUUUCGUCCGCCAUUUGUUCGGUGAUGGGUUAUUCGUGGCUCUUGUACAGGAUCAACGUUCCUCGGAAUGAAGGAGAAGUAAUGGAAACAGUGUGCGGAAACACGAACAGCAGUAAUUAUAACGCAACUGCUGGGGACGGAGCUUGUCCGAGUUCCUCCUUCAGACGUCUGCUGCGUGCUAAUGGCUAUUUGACACGUCAGAAUGUAUUAUUAUACAAACAUAAUGGGUAUGAAAGGCCUGGACAGUACCUGUGGUCAUCAGCAGGGAUUAUUCCAUGUAUGUACAAACCAGAAGGGGGCUUGCUCUUUAAGACUCAUAGAGGAACAAUAGAGCACCCGAGUGCUGUAGAGAAUAGGGCAAUUUGUACAGAUAAUGGGUCCUUGUCAGAGCUUUUCCAGUCAAAUGAGCCAUUUCAGGCAUGGGUUAUAUCGGCUCUAAAUGCAGGAAACACUGUUUUAACCUGGGAAAAGAACGCUAGAUUGACUGAGUGAUUUGUCUUUCUGUUCCAGUUGUUUCUCUGUGGUCUUGUCUCAGGAAUUGCCAGGUAUGCAUCCAUAUGGUGUCAUCUGACUGUAAUCAUGGGUGUUAAACUUUCAUGUUAAACUACAGCAGAAUAAAGGUAUUGAUAAUGUUUAAAACCCGGCAAUCGCUGGUAUUCCGGUAACAAGACAGAAUCUCUGUUGCUUCAUGCCAGGUACCUGAGGGUCACAGAAUUGCAGUGGCUUUUAUUCCCUGCUUGCAACUCAUGUAAUUCAUUUUUACAAUAACCCAGGAAGUAAAAUAAGGUGUGAUCUUGGAGGGAAAUGAGCAGCAAGCCUACUGGACUAGACUUGGUGACCCCUCCAGCACCCCCUGAUUUUGACCAUGCCUUAAAAAAGGUUACAUGAUCAGUGGUUUUAUUUAUUUAUUUAUUUAUUUAUCUUUCUUAAAUUCAUACGCCACGAUUAAUCUUAACUCUUGUUCCAGUGUGCAGAUUUACUUUUUUCGUGGACUACUACCAUUUUAAAAUGAGCUCCCACUACUGUGAGGUGGUACUAUAUCUGGGCUAUUCUGAUGCAUGAAGACCUUUUGCGUUUCUCCAAAGGUCUUCGAAAUGCUCCUGUAGUUCAUGGUCGAUUGAAGCAGAAAGAAUGGGGCCUCUCUGCUGGCCGGACCUGGCAUUUUGUCUUUCAUUUUGUUUUUCUAAAGGAAAAUGGGGACUGGUGGGGGGGUUACUGGAGGCCUACGGGGGCAGGCACUGGUUCCACUUAUAGCCAUGUGGACGUCCUGAGGUGUUUGUCUCCUUGUGGCUUGUCCUGGGUUUUGUGAACCUUUUUCCUCCCUUUUUUGUGAUCCUUCCACUUUACUCAUUUGUUUGUUCUCUUUAUCAGGGAUAUUCUUUAAAAAAAACACUGGUGGUGUUUUUUGUUCAUCAGCAUUUCGACACAGACGUUGUGGAUCAAAUAGCCUUAGGUUGGCGAACUGACAUGGUGCUUAAUUCUGCCUUCUCCAUCUUUAGUUGCUCUUGGUUUCAUCAGACACAUGAUUUGGGUUUUUGUUUUUGUUCUAUUAAUGAUCGUUUUGCCAUUGUAGUGUGUGUGAACAGUACUGUAGAUUGUGUAGCUUGUAGCGUUUUGAUUACGUUCGCAGUUUUUCACGCUGGGACUGAAAUUUUGUAGCACAUCCCUUUAACAGGGUCUCGUACAUAAAGCACCUCUGUGCAAGAAUGCUGGUCUGCAAUUAAUAGUCACUUUCCACAGCUGUGAUGAACAGCGAUAUGGACAAGUCAAAGACUGGUCAUAGAGCAGCAGUUUCGAGAGGCCUUUUACAGUGUACAGGGGCUUGGCUGCUUUUUUGCUUUGGGUUUAUUUUUAAUUGGCUUCAUCUUUUUGGUUUAUGGAAUAUGCCAAAAUUCCUCAAGUCAUUACUCUCUCCCUGCAAACUCAAUGCUUCAGUAGUCAUUGCUGUUUUAGCCUUCAAAUAUUACUUGUGCUGUAUAUUUACUUUUUUUUUGUUAAUAUUAAACUAUUGGUACUA